AUGGCCUCCUUCGCCCCUCUGAAAGACACAGCGCUGUUCAAGCCGCUCCAGCUAGGGGCGCUCCAGCUUGAACAUAGAAUAGUCCUGGCCCCCCUCACGCGCAUGCGCUCAACAAAAGAGUCGGAGGGCGUGUAUGUUCCCAACGAUCUGAAUGUCACAUACUACUCGCAGCGAGCCACCAAAGGCGGCUUCCUGCUGACAGAAGCGACCCCAAUUAGUCGACAUGCCGCCGGCUACCCGGGCGUCCCUGGCAUUUUCACCUCGUCCCAAAUCGCUGGCUGGAAGCGUGUCACAGACGCCGUACACGCCAAGGGGGGCUUCAUCUACUGCCAACUCUGGCACGUUGGCCGUGCCACUGUUCCCUCACUUCUCGAUGGCAAGCCCGCCGUCAGUGCUUCCACAAUUCCCAUUUCCGGAAACGCACUGGAUGGCUCUAGAUAUGCCGACUUCCCCCCCAAGGCUCUCACCGUUGAGGAGAUCAAGGAGCUGGUAGAGGAGUACGCGGCGGCGGCGAAGCGGGCGUUGGAGGCUGGAUUCGACGGAGUGGAGAUCCAUGGUGCAAACGGCUAUCUCCUGGACCAAUUUCUACACGACAACGUCAAUGUCCGCACCGAUGCCUACGGCGGCAGCAUCGCCAACCGCGCCCGCUUCCCGCUCGAGGUCAUCCGGGCCGUCACCGCGGCCAUUGGCGCGGACCGCGUGGGCAUCCGGCUGUCCCCCUACAAUUACUUCCAGGACACGCGCGACUCGAACCCCAACCAGCACUGGGUGUAUCUGUGCGAGCAGAUCGCGGCGCUCCCAGCGGCGAGCAGGCCUGCGUAUGUUCACAUGAUCGAGCCGCGGUUCGACGAGGUGCUGGACGAGGAGGCGAAGUUGGCAGCGCUAGCUGCCACGGCGGAGGGCGGCGCCGGUAAGAAGAAGGACUACUCGCUCGAUCACUUCCGCCGGCCGCUUAAGAAGGGCGGGGUGGCCCUGUUGGCGGCGGGGAACUUUAAGAGAGAGAACUGCAUUGCCAAGUUGAAGGGCGACGGGGCCGAUGCGGUGGUGUUUGGACGCUUGUUUCUGGCUAAUCCUGACUUCGUUAAGAGAUUGAGAGAUGGCCUGGAACUGAACAAGUAUGACCGGAGCACAUUUUACGGGGCCAGUCCGCCAGAGAAGGGGUACACGGAUUAUCCGUCCUUAUAA